UGGACUCAUAUUUUCAUAGGACAAUAUGAUCACUUGAUCAGUGAUAACUCCCUUCUAUGAAUUCCAUUAUUUUCUCUAAUUUUCUUUCACAAAGCUUAAGAUCCCAAAUCAGUAAUUUCCAAUUUAUACAAACUUUCCUUCAGAAAAAACACCACUAUUGAAUCAAGAACCUUACAAAAAAAUAAAAAUAAAAAAAAUCAAGAACCUUCCUUUUCAGCUGGGGUUUGCAAUGGAGGUGACACAACAUAGGUGGAGAUUAAGGUGGUCGUUCAAGAAUGCUACAAUUAUUGUCACUUUGUUCAACAUGGUUACUGCCCUUUGUCUACUUCACAGUUUUUUCUCUUCUUCAUCUUCCACCAGACCCUCUUCAGUUGAAAGGUAUAUGAAGGAAGCAGAAGAGAUUCGCCGUGCUAUGUUGCCUGUGGAGCUAAUUAAAAGAGUGAAGGAAAUCCAGAAAGAAGCGUAUGUCGAACUAGAUCCUGUCCAACAGAAGGAUGCAAAGCAGAUUGCUGCAGUAGACCUCAUAUCUAGACUGAACAAUUAUCGGUCAUAUUCUGAUUCAGGCAGCAUGAAAGUUCGGGAGGAAUGGCGUAAGCGAAAGAUGGAAAGAGCCAGGCAGCGUGAACUUGAAAAGAAUGGAACCACCAUCUAACGGUCCUAAAUCGUUGAGGGGGUUAACAGCAACUCAACAAAGGGGUCUUUUGAUCGAUACGGCUUGUAAUAUGAGGUCCAUCAUCUGUAUACGUGUGUGCGCUAUUAUAACAGAUAUAUAUGUAUUAUCAUGUAUCCAGAUUCUGCAGCAAGAUAAUAUUUUAUGCCAGGUAACAUGUAAAGUUUCUCUAUGUAGUGGAUGCUAGUGCUUUGACAUUAAACUUGGCCUGUCCGUACAAUGUACUUGUACUAUAGCACACUGCAAUUGCUCUCAGUUCUUGGUAUAGCUUUGUUCUUACCAACAGAAUACAAGUUACCUAUAUUUGUCCUUGAUAA